AUGAAAGUUUCAUCCGUCCUCUUCUCCAUCUCCGCCUUUGUCCUUGCCGCUUUGGCACAAACCACAGAAACUCUUUCAUAUAACACCAAUUAUGAUGACGCCUCUCUCACUUUGUCAAGCGUUGCUUGCUCAGACGGUACCAACGGGCUUGAAACAAAGGGAUAUACAACUCUCGGCUCACUGCCCACGUUCCCUAACGUUGGCGGUGUCUACACCGUGACGGGCUAUAAUUCCGCUGCAUGCGGAUCCUGCUAUAAUGUCACGUACGGAAGUGAAACCGUUGCUAUCCUCGCGGUGGACGUUUCCACAGCCGGCUUCACCGUUUCAGAGACGGCGAUGAACACCUUGACUGGUAAUUUGGCUGUUGAGCUGGGAAGGGUGGAUGUUACAGCAACCCAAGUGGAUGCGUCAGCGUGUGGCUUGUAG